GGCAGUGAACGUCACCAGUGCAUACGAAUUCCACGAAACACUCGAUUCCAAAAAAUAAUUACGGAAUUCUCGUAAAUAAUCUGUGUAAACGGAAAUGCGCACAUGGAUCGUCUGAUUAAUUCCAAUUGGAGAGCGAAGAGAAAGAAGAAUGAAGGCUAGAGCCAGAGCUUACGCCUUGGAGAUGAUCCUGGGGAUCGUCCUCCAUGCAGCCCAAGGUCAAUUACUAGCAAAAGAGCAUCGGACACAUGCGGCAUCCGAACGAAUCAAUGAUCUCUGGUGUUAUCAGUGUGAUACGAUGGAAGAUGGUGAAAAAUGUGUGGACUUAAUCAGCAAUCACACAUCCCUCAUGAAAAAGUGCAAGGAUGAUAAAAGAAUUUGCAUUGUCAAGAGGUUCUCCUUCACCACGAGCACUGAGAACUCGACGUCGGAGCCGAUGAUGUGGGCUAUUGAGAGAAAUUGUACAAAUAAAUGUGAACCUGGGUGUAUCGUCAUCGGGGAAAGGACUAAACUUUACGCGUGUACAGCUUGUUGUGAAAAAUCACUUUGCAAUACGGGAAAAGGAACAGCCGCCGAGAUGAGCACCCAAGAGAUCGGUUUUGUUUUUGCUCUGAUAUUUCAAGCUCUUCUUACUGUUACAUUGUAUCCAGCGUAACAUCGAGAAUAGGCCAAAUCAUUCUCAUAUUUACAACCUAAUGCGGAUAAAUUGAAGAAAGUUUAUUAUAAAAAAACAUUGAAGUUCGAUAAUUAUUUCUUAAUCCAGAAAUUUCUGAAAAUACAAGUUUUUUCGUCUCGACUGGACAUUUUAUCGAGUUUUUUGGAAAAAUUAGAAGUUUUUUACACAUCAAUUAUUUAAUUACCAGAGACAUCGUUAGGCGGGACAAUAGUUAAUGAUUUAUCGUUAUGAAUUAUCUCAAAUUAUUAUUUUUUCUUCGAUUGAUGGAUUAUUUACGAGAAUUACUGAUGGAGGAAUAAAACGGGAAAGUUGAAAAAUGUUA